UAUGGAAACUACAUUUGAGAUCUUAAAAAAAGUUACAACAUAAAGAGAAGACAAAAACACGGAAAAGAGGGUAGCAGGUGUAACAGCAUGUUUGGAAGUGUGUAUAAAACCAGGUCAGGGAGUGUUAGACGUGCAAACCACUGAAGAUAGCUUUCAAGAUGGAACCACUUUAAACUUGAUCGAGUGGAUGUGGAAGCAAACAACACACUAAGUAAAGGAAGAGGAGCAGUUGAUCAUUCAGGUAUUGAUCGAGACAAGAAGAGUGAAGAUGUGGAAGCUGAAGUUUUCAAAGAGCAAUGAGGAUGAGUGGAUAAUGCAAAGUGUGAAUAAUCAUAUUGGAAGACAGUUCUGGGAGUUCGAUCCACAUCUUGGAACCAAAGAAGAGCGAGCUCAAGUAGAACAAGUUCAUAAAGAAUUUAACAAGAACCGCUUCAAAUAUAAGCAUAGUUCUGAUCUCCUAAUGAGACUCCAGUUUGAAAGGGAAAAAGGCUUAAAGACGAAACUAAGUAAGAUAGAAAUUCAGAGCGAGCAAGAUAUUAAUGAGGAAGUUGUGCGAAACACACUGAAAAGAGCCUUGAGAUCUUAUUCAGCCCUACAAGCCGAUGAUGGAUUUUGGCCUGCUGACUAUGGCGGCCCCUUGUUUCUUCUACCUGGUUUGGUGAUUGGAUUAUCGGUGACUGGCGUCCUUAAUGUAGUUUUGACGCCUGAGCAUCAGAGUGAGAUGCGACGCUAUUUGUUCAAUCACCAGAACGAAGAUGGAGGGUGGGGAUUGCAUAUAGAAGGGUCGAGCACAAUGUUUUGCACUGCUCUCAACUAUGUGACCUUGAGAUUGCUUGGAGAAGACAUCGAUGGUGGAGAAGGUGCCAUACAGAAAGCAAGGACAUGGAUUCUUCAUCAUGGAGGAGUCACUUAUAUUCCUUCAUGGGGAAAACUCUGGCUUUCAGUGCUUGGUGUAUACGAAUGGAGUGGUAUGAAGCCAAUCCCACCAGAGACAUGGUUGUUUCCCUACUUUCUUCCUUUCCACCCAGGAAGGAUGUGGUGUCACUCUCGAUUAGUGUAUCUACCCAUGUCAUACUUAUAUGGUAGAAGAUUUGUGGGUCCUAUCAACACAAUUAUUUUAUCUCUUAGAAAAGAGCUCUACACCAUUCCCUAUCAUCUAGUCAAUUGGAAUGAGGCUAAAAACUUAUGUGCCAAGGAAGAUUUGUACCACCCAUGCCCAAUGAUCCAGAAUAUUUUAUGGGGUUUUCUUCACAAUAUUGGGGAACCUCUUCUCAUGCACUGGCCGUGCUCCAAGCUAAGGGAAAAAGCACUCCAUUAUAUAAUGCAACAUAUACACUAUGAAGAUGAAAACACAAACUAUAUUUGUAUUGGUCCCGUUAAUAAGGUAUUAAACAUGGUUUGUUGUUGGUUGGAGAACCCCAAUUCUCACGCCUUUAAGUAUCACAUUUCAAGAAUCAAAGAUUAUCUCUGGCUCGCUGAGGAUGGAAUGAAAAUGCAGGGAUAUAAUGGUUCUCAAUUUUGGGAUGUGACUUUUUCUAUUCAAGCAAUAUUAGCUAUCAAUCUUGAGGAUGAAUAUGGUUCGAUUCUUAAGAAAGCAAAUAAUUUCAUAAAAUACUCACAGAUCACAGCAAAUAGCUCUGGUAAUCUGAGUCAUUGGUAUCGCCACAUUUCUAAAGGUGGUUGGCCUUUCUCAACUGCAGACAAUGGUUGGCCUGUAUCAGAUUGCACUGCAGAAGGUUUGAAGGCAGCCAUUUUGUUAUCAAACUUGCCAUUUGAGACAGUUGGGAAACCAAUGGAAACAGAACAAUUAUGGGAUGCGGUUAAUUUGAUUUUAUCCCUGCAGAAUAGAAAUGGUGGAUUUGCAUCCUAUGAGCUCACAAGAUCCUAUGCAUGGCUGGAGAAAAUAAAUCCAACUGAAACGUUUGAAGAUAUCAUGAUCGAUUAUCAGUGCGUAGAAUGCACAUCAUCGGCAAUUCAAGGUCUUGUCUUAUUCACACAGCGAUAUCCAAGGCAUAGAAGGAAGGAAAUAAAAACUUGUAUUGCUAAGGCGGCAAAUUAUAUUGAAAGCAUACAGCUAGCUAAUGGAUCAUGGUAUGGAUCAUGGGGAAUUUGCUAUAUCUACGGAACAUGGUUUGGAAUAAAAGGGCUUAUAGAUGCUGGUAAGAGUUACCAAGAUAGCCAAAGCAUUAGAAGAGGUUGUGAAUUUUUGCUUUCCAAACAACAACUUUGUGGUGGGUGGGGAGAAAGCUAUAUUGCAUGCCAACAAAAGGUUUAUACAAAUUUGGAAGGAAACAAGUCACAUGUAGUAAACACUGCAUGGGCUAUGUUGGCACUUAUUGAAGCAGGACAGGGCCAAAGAGAUCCAACCCCAUUACAUCGUGCAGCCAAGGUUUUGAUCAAUUCACAAAUGGAAAACGGGGAGUUUCCCCAACAGGAAAUCACGGGAGUCUUCAACAAGCAUUGUACUAUCAGUUACUCUGCAUACAGAAAUAUCUUUCCAAUAUGGGCUCUUGGAGAAUAUCGAAGUCGCGUACUGCUUUGUCCUAGCAAAGGGUCAACAGCAAUAGCAUAAUCAUGUAAAAAAAGAUCAUAAGUUUUAUUUUCUGCUUUUGCAUAUCAUUUGCAUCUAUCUUCCAUUUAGAUGCUCGUCUACCCUGUGGACUACAAAACUGCCAGUAAAGGAGGCAAGAGACGUGCAUAAAACUGAAAAUUUUCUAUUACAUAAAGCACUGAUGAAGAAUGUAAAUUGUAAUUUGUCUGAUACAAAUAUAAGUUACAAAAAUUGCUUUAGCA